AUUGUCCAGUCCUGCUAGAAGCUACAGAACCCCAGAAUGGCGUUCCUCCCAACCCGAGGCAUAUCCAUCAUUACUGUAAUACUCUCAGCAUUUCUGUUAUCAACUAAUGCUUUUUCUUCCCAUCAUGGCAAUGGCAGCGAGAUGGACCUCUCCACGUUGCUGACUUUCAAGGCUCAUCUCUCUGACCCGAUUGGAAUCCUAGCAAAAAAUUGGACAAGCAAGGCAUCCUUCUGCGAUUGGCUUGGUGUCUCGUGCAGCCUCCGCCACAGGCAGCGAGUUGUCGCUCUGGAACUGUCGGACAUACCUCUUUACGGCGAGGUCAUCCCUCAUCUUGGUAACCUAUCUUUCCUCUCCGUCCUCAACCUAACAAAUACAAGCCUUACUGGCUCCAUCCCACCCGAUCUUGGGAGGCUGCAUAGGCUUAGAUACCUUGAUCUUCAUCACAAUAGUCUUUCGGGUGCCAUACCCUCUGCCAUCGGUAACCUCACAAAUCUUGAGGUUCUAAUGCUUGGGAAUAAUAGCAUCUCAGGUGAAAUCCCUAAGGAAUUAAAGGGUCUAAGAAACAUUAGGCACCUAAACUUUCAAAAAAAUUCGUUGAUAGGUUCAAUACCGGUGGAUUUAUUCAACAACACACCAUGGUUAACCUCCCUCAGACUUGGCAAUAACAGCUUAUCAGGGAUGAUACCACUCGGUAUAGGCUCCCUACCUGUACUUCAAGCUCUUAACUUGCAAGUAAACAAACUCGUUGGGCCGGUACCCCAAUCCAUUUUCAACAUGUCUAUGUUGCGACUGCUAUAUCUUGGUGGUAACAAUCUGACAGGACGUAUCCCCAAUAACAGAAGCUUCAACAUCCCCAUGCUUGAAAUCAUCUCCCUUGAUUCGAAUAAUUUUGUGGGUGAAAUUCCAACAGGCAUUUCUAAAAGCCAAAAUCUUGUCGCACUUUCUCUAAACGAGAAUUCCUUUGAGGGUACAAUACCUACAUGGCUGGCAGGACUGCCAGAGCUUUCAAUGAUAUCUAUCCGUGGCAAUAAGCUAUAUGGCCCCAUCCCAGCUGUUCUGAGCAAUCUAACCAAUCUUAUUAUAUUGGACCUUGCAGUCUGCAACUUAACUGGAAAUAUUCCAACUGAACUUGGACAAAUAAAUCAUCUCAACGUAUUAGCGCUCACAGAAAAUCAAUUGACAGGGUCAUUUCCUUCGUUUCUUAGCAACUUGUCAGAAUUAUCUUUCUUAUGGCUUGAUUCAAAUCAUUUGACAGGUUUUGUUCCAACUACACUUGGUAGUAUAGGAAGUCUUUUAUCUGUUUCUUUAGAUGACAACCAUCUUGAAGGAAAUCUUGACUUCCUAACAAGUCUUUCAAACUGUCAACAACUCUACCAACUUGGCAUAAGCCUGAACCAUUUCACAGGAAGAAUCCCUGAUUCUAUUGGAAAUCUGUCUCGCCAGCUAACAUUGUUCCUUGCAAAUAAAAAUAAUUUAAUUGGUGAGAUUCCAGCUUCAAUAUCCAAUUUAAGCAGUUUAACAGGGAUAGACUUUUCUGAUAACCAAUUGAGUAAUACUCUUCCAUAAACAAUGAUGGUGAUGAAGGAACUCGUUAA